ACCAAUGUCAUUAUCAGCUGUUUACAGCCAUAGCUGAAGACUGAAGUGAAGAUUUGAAGAAACGAAAAAUAACCAUAAUAAAAAUAAAAAGUUUUUAAAAACAAUAGAAUAUAAUAUGACAGAAUAUAGAAAACCUCCAGUCGACCCCGAUCUAGUUAAAUUCACAGAAAAAAAUGACUAUGAUUCGCUAGCGAAGUAUUUGGUAGGCAAUGUAUACAGAUAUCGUGAAAAUAUAAUUAUACCGCGAGUGCUGGGUCCUGUUAUUAUUAAAACUAAUGAAGAGAAAAUGAUUGAAGCCACAGUUGAAAGCUGCCCGUUCAAGUCGUUGACUAGUUGUAUUAUUGGUUAUGGUCUCGGUGCGGCAGUCGGUUUAUUCACAUCAUCACUAAUGCCCAACAUGACAGACCCAAUGGCACAGCAAAAUCAGACUGCAAGGGAAAUAUUACGAGAAAUGAAGAAUUCUAUGUUAAGUUAUGCUAAGAACUUUGCCAUGUUAGGUGCAGUUUUCUCUGGAGUUGAAUGUUGCAUAGAAAGCGCUAGGGGAAAAUCAGAUUGGAAAAAUGGCACAUAUGCAGGUGGAGUAACUGGUGGACUCAUAGGAUUAAGAGGUGGUUUGAAGGCUGGCAUAUUCGGAGCUGCGGGUUUUGCUGCAUUUUCAACUGUUAUUGAUUAUUACAUGCACCAACGAGGCUAAUAUAAUUGUUAUACAUUCACUGUGUUGUAAAGAAUAAUGUUAAUUAAUAAAUUUAGAUAUAACAGCUUA